AACGGAACUAUUCAACAUGGGUGCCGGGUGCAGUCACGACUUGGCCGUUCAAGGCUUUGGCGAUGUACCCAGCUUUAAAAUUGUACUUGUUGGUGACCCUGAGGUUGGGAAAAGCAGUGUGUUUAUGCGCUACUUCAAGAACCAGUUUGAUUACAGUUACAGGACUACCACUUCAGUCAGCAUCGAGAAUGUCGUGAAAAAAUUGAAUGUCCCCGAGCACAUCGUCGUUUCGGUGACCAUCUGGGACUUGCCCGGCAGAGAGGAGGUGGACCUUCGCAAGAGUUACUACCAAGAUGUGGACGCUGCCAUAGUUGUUGUAAAUAUCGCCGACAAGGAGAGCAUUGAGCUGGCUGGAACAUGGCGGCAGGACAUCCACAAUCAUGCCGUUGUCUCAACCAAGAGGCUGGAGAAGAGUGGAAAGGGAUCAAAGGUUGUCACGGAAUACAAGAAGGCUGACCCAACACAGUUGCCAGUGCUGCUGCUUGGAAAUAAAUAUGAUAUUAUAGAGGAGCGAGAAGCUCUGAGGGAGGCCUCGGACGAAGGUGAAAAGAAUCAGGAACAUGACGAGCCAUUAGAGGAGGAAAGCGACACUAAGCAAGCUCGGUUCAUCCUCGACAGCGACCAGAGGGAUGCCGGAAAAAAAGCAUCCCAGAUGGAAGGCUUGGAGGAAGAAAAAAAAGAUGCAGAGAAAGAGUACGUCGGCAGAGACGAUUCCCCAGUGACGAGGAGCAAGGCGAGGGGGGACGAAGAGCAGGAGGUGACCGUCUGGAAGUACGAGGAUGAGCACGAGCCGGAAGUGGAGCUACCGGAGGAGGUGCAGGUCCUGGAGGCAGCGGCAGAGCAGCACGGCUUUGUGGGAAGUGUCGCAGUCUCGGCCAAAAACUCAGACGGAGGAGUGCACACCGCCAUACAGGCCCUGGUCCGGCACCUGCUGGAGCGCAAACUCAAAGACAAAGCCUUGCAGAAGAUGGAGGCCAUUGAGGUCAGGCGGCACAGGAAGAAGAGGGCGAAGGUCAGGAAGCCCAACCCAGAUGACUUCCAGCCACUGGACAAGACAGAAAUCGAGGAGAUGGACAAGCUUUUCAUGCAGAGCAACCGGAGCCUGAGCCAGGUGCACGAGACUGGCCUAGCCUUCCAUCAGGCUGUCCGGCAAUUCAAGAAGGAGUGCCUGCGGGGAGGGGUCGUGGGAGGGCCAAAGUGCUCCGUCGAGGACUGCAUCAGUGGGUUGAGAGCGGCACUAGCGGAGCAGAGCUUGGAGUUGAUGGCCGAAGACAAGGCUGGUUUCCUGGAGCUAGCAGUGAAGGGAGAGAUCAUCUACGAGGAAGAAAAAUCAGAAGACAUCAAGAAGAUCACGGACACCUUCCAGACAGAGGUGGUGGUUGCGUGCCAGGCUGUCCUGAGGGACAACCCCACGGCCAAUGCGGACCUGAUCCGGAUGGAUGCCAAGAUAACUGACAAGUGCGCCCAUCUGUGGGCGCUGGCCGAGAAGGCCAAGGGGCCACUG